AUGAAACUUUUGGUUGAAGCACCGGAUCUGGCAGGGAAAAGAAUAAAAUCGGCUUCUCAGCCAAAUUGUGUCAGCUUCCUGUUGCUUUCUCUCGCGCGUUUGAACGUCUCUGGCACGAUUAUUAGUCGUGCAGGACAUGACAUCUCCCACGGACCCGUGGACAGGAGGAAUCGAGCGACAAGUCUGCAACAGCGCUAUUGGCCCGGAACUACCUCAUUGAUUGGGACAGAUGUUUACCAAGCUGACUGCAGUAGAAUCAGCAAAUACACACCACUUCACUUUUGCAAAGCCACGCUUACAGCCCGGCAUCCCAACGAGCUAAAGGUUGUUCUCCAGCAUUGUUAG